CCAACACACUUUUAGACCCCACAGCAGGCUAAUGAGACAACAUCUACUCUGACUCUCUGAGUUAUAGGGAAUGUAAAUAACCAACAGAAACUCCAUUCACAUCCACCUGGGAGGCAAGAUCUGCUGUUGAUUGAAGAACUGGGAAAUCACACUGCAAGAGGGGGAAUUUGUAUCCAGCAGCAGCACAGAGAUGUUGACAGAAUCUGACACUUUGCCUAUAAAGAUGUAAAGAUGUCCCCUGAAAUGGACCAUGAAGGACACCAUAAAGCAAAGCUUAGCUCUCCAAGUACUUGCUACAGAAAAAAAAAGCACAAAGGAAGAAGAUAAACCGGAGCUCCGCCUCCCUUUGCCUUGUUUAAAGAUGACGCAGACGACACAGGUAUGGCACACACAGGCCACGCCCCCCAAGGAGCAUGAAGACACUACGGAGGGACCCGAGUGCAGCAUCUGCUUCAGCACCUAUGACAAUGUUUUCAAAACACCAAAGCUGCUAGACUGCACCCACACCCUGUGCUUAGAGUGCAUGUCCCGCCUCAUGGCCCAGUCUCCAAGCAGAGAAUAUGGCCAGAUUCCCUGUCCCUUCUGCCGACUUACUACUUCCAUACCAGAUAGGGGUCCACCAGCUCUGGCUACAAGCCAGGAAGUCCUGGACAAGCUGCCUGCCCACCAGCAGCAGGAAGAGCGUGUGUGGUUGGAAGGUAAGAAGCUCUGCUACUACAGGCCUCCUGACACUGGACAUACUGUCAGUCGCAUCUGCAUUGACAUUGGCGCUGAUAAGCCAGAACAGGAGCAGGAACAGUCUCCAGGCUCGAUGCAGAAUGGACUUCCAGAUCCACUGAGGCUGCACAAACACUGGAAGCGUUUGGUGCUUCUAAUCUUGCUGAUAAUGGUAGUGCUAUGCAUUGUCCUGUGGCCAAUGCACUGCGUGCUGUUCACUGGCUCACUGAGCUGCGUAUCCGAAGAUGAUUCCCCAUUUGAUGACCCUACCACAAUACCUCCAAUUACGCACGUCCUUCAGAGACCACAUACAUCCAACUGAAAACAGACAUUGUAUGGCCAGCACUAAGUGAUCUGGGAACACGUAUGUCGACCUUCGAACUCUCAGGUUGUCGAACACAUUAUCAGGGUUGCUAACUUUGGUCAGCUGGCUGGCAUGAGAUUUUCAAUUUGAGACAAAUUUGCACACGCAUUUACAUGUAUAACAGUUUUAUUACUUUGUUUAUAGUCCAUACGGUUUGAAAACUCCCCUAACAAUUUUGAUGUAGCUAAUUUUAUGUUUAUACCGGAAUAAUAUAGAUUUUCUGAAAAUGUCUUGCAUGAGCAUGAAAGCGUAAGUGUCACACCAGAUGAAAGAGUUGGCAGCCCUGCAUUAUAAGUACGUAUGUAAGUAUGGUACAUUAUAGUAAGGAUCUGAUAGUGUAUAUGCAAACACCCAUCUGUGAUCCAAGGGGAUAUGGUAGCUCAUACUAACAGACUGAUCUGAGAACGCAUACAUGCAGCUGCAGACAAACUACAGUAAAGUAAUUAACUGAUCUGUGAAUAUCCACCUACAAUGGUAGGGUUUUGACACUAGUUCAGUAUACACUAAAUUCAAGACUGUUGUGCUGUUCGUUUGCCUGCAAUAAAAUGAACUGCACAUGUAUAGCAAACAUAAAACUUACAUGAUAAAUCUAAUAACCGCCACAAUUCUUUUUCACUAACAUCAGUACCAUACUGACUACAAACCAAGAACAAACCUACUAAACCUAAACUGUGCUCACUUAAUAAAUCUUUGACUUUGAAACUAUCAAACAAAUAUAUUCAUGUUACGUGUUUGUUUAAUAAAUUCUAAGACUGUUUUGUAUAUGGAACAAUGAUACAAAUAGGAAACUGUUUUCCAUGACCAAAAUCAAAGUACUAAUUUUUAAAAACAUUCUAUUGAAAGAUAUAUACGUUUGCAUCUAUUUUACGUUGUGUAUGUAUAGUCUGCAACAGUAGAACAAAUAAAUUUGAAUUCUGGAA